GUUGUUUUUAGGAAGUGAAAGACGACGGCGCAAGCUUCUCCGAAGAGCGAAAAUGGUGAACAUUCCUAAAACCAAGAACACUUACUGCAAGAACAAGGAAUGCAAGAAGCAUACCUUACACAAGGUGACUCAGUACAAAAAGGGUAAAGACAGUCUUGCUGCCCAAGGAAAGCGUCGUUAUGACCGUAAACAAUCUGGAUAUGGAGGUCAGACCAAGCCCGUCUUCCACAAGAAGGCGAAGACAACUAAGAAGAUUGUGUUGAGGCUUCAAUGCCAAAGCUGCAAGCAUUUCUCUCAACGCCCGAUUAAGAGGUGCAAGCACUUUGAGAUUGGUGGAGACAAGAAGGGAAAGGGAACAUCUCUCUUUUAAGUUGUUUCAUCUAUCUACUUUUUUUGUUUUGUUUGGUACCUGUCUUGCUUCAAUACUGAGAUAUACUUUGAAUCUACCAGAAAUGGUUGUGGUUUCCAAUUCAAUAGGACUUUGUCUUAUGGAUGAUAUCUUUUGAUUUUGUGCACCAAUCUUUAUUCAU